AUGCUUUUCAAUUCUACCGACCGUUAUGAUACUAGUGACGACGACUGUAGUAGUGAGGAUGAAACUAGCAGUGACGACAGUGAGAGCGAAACUGGGAGGACGAGUAGUAGUGCUGUACAUGAAGCUGGUCUUCUAGACAUAAACGCCCCUGUCCUCCAACACCUUGACAUCAAAGAUUGUUUCUCUACUUCUCUAUUGAUUACUAAUGUUGGCUCCUUGAAUCAGGCAAAACUCGAUUUGCACAACAUCGUUUCGUGUCAGUCCGUCAUCAAGUGUUUUGAAGCAUUCCACAACAUCAAGUUUCUUUCUUUACAUGGUGUUCUUCCAACAAAUACAGGGAUCGCACUCAACGUGGAUGAAGCUGGAUUUCUAUCAUCAUUGAUGACGUUUAGGAAUCUAACCCACUUAACUAUUGGGGGCCAGAUGCGUGUGGCGUCAAAUGCUUCCUUUCUUUCUUCAAUCUUAUUCAGGGGAUCAAAAAGUGAGCUUGGUAUGUUAAAGUAUAUCAUGAAGCAUGGAAAUCGACUGAGGAAGGUCGACCUACAUCCUGUGGGUAAUAAACCCAAGUGCCAACUCCGAACCCAGCGCAACAUAUCUCUGAAGAUCGUGAAUUUCAAGAAAGGGUCGAGUAGAUGCAAAAUUGGAUUAUUUGAGAUCAUAACUUUUGGAGAAAACUUUGAGUGA